CUGGUGGACGACAUCCUGAGCGGGCGCAUAGAACUCAGACAUCCGAAGCUUGACCUUCCUGGCCUACUCCGAGAUGGUUUGCGGGUGGAGGACUGGACCUUUGGUCUCAGCGUGGAACGAGCAUUGUGGGCCGACGUAUUAGGAUGGUUGGUUCGUUGUCAGCUAUGGUACCAGGUAAGUCAACAUGUAACCCCGGUGACCCCAAGCAUUCAUCAAGCGCCAGAGUCAUUCUCCGUCAAUUGGCAUGCUUCUGAAAAACAUUCAUAUACGGGUUUCGAGCCACCAUCUGCGAACGUGGAACUCAAAAAGACCCCGCUGCUGCCCAGUGUCGUCUCUGCGGCGCUUCCCCCGGCCAUUUCCCUCGACGGAGUCGCAUAUACCCUCAUGGAAAGCUCGGUCAAGGAAUUACAGGCAUCCCUAGUACCCGGAACCAGCUUGACUCUCGUCUUCACGACCCCGGGGACAACAGCCUCCUUCCCGAGUAACAACUUCGUCCUCGCUGCGCUACCGUUCUUACCUCGCAGUGGGUUCAAGCAGACUUCCCAGAAGCAGGUUCACCCCACAAAUCAGCAUGGCCCAUGGGCUCCCGCCCCACUGUUCUCGUCUCUGCCCCAAAUUCUGCAGCUUCUGACGGCAGGUCCGAACCCUCUGGUCGUCAAUUCCAUCGUCAACAUCUCAGAGGCGUACGCCAGCUCGCUACAUGCGUAUGUGCAUGCUUUGGAAGAAGACAGGGUCGCUACGGAGAGGUUCGUCCAGCAACACGGCGUCGCCCACUGGCGGGGGGAACGAUUCUUUGCUAGCUGGGAGGCGGCGUGCUUGACGAACAAGUUGCUGGAGAGAUGGGCAGUCGUGGUGCGCAGAUAGUGCUGACAGCGAGGAGCAGUACGUUGAGAUUGUACGUCGUAAAUGGGACCACCGUGUUCAUGGGUCCGAUGCGACGCAAUGCAAAGAACCAUGCUUGAUCCCAUGCCAUGGGCUAUCAGUAUAACGCAGCGAUGCAAAAUUCAGUCUGUAGAACGUGGUGGUCGAAAGCAAGAUCUGAGGGAGAUGUCAAAAUAUAGUAUGCGAUGAAUAAUGAUAACGGUAGCGAAUGGAGAGCGGAAUCAAGCAGCAACGUCUACCCAU